AUGACAAGGACCAGGUAUCGAAGACCGAUCACCUCCAGUGCACCCGAUGUGAUCAUCAUCGGUGCCGGUCUUGGAGGCAUCAGCGCUUUAUACCAUCUCCGCAAGCUUGGCCUCACCUGUCUAAUAAUUGAGAAAGGCAAAGACAUCGGCGGUGUUUGGUACUGGAACUGCUAUCCUGGGGCACGCACCGACUCCGGAAUACCAUCAUAUGAGCUGAACAUCCCCGAGUGUUACGAGACAUGGACUUGGAGCAUCAUGUUCCCUGGUCACCAUGAGAUGAGACGAUUCAUCGAUCACUGCGACAAGCAAAUUGGGAUACGGAAGGAUGUUUUGUUAGGGAAGAUUAUGGUCGGUGCUCACUUCGAUAUCGUGCACGGCAGGUGGGCGGUUGAUCUGGAUGAUGGGUCCUCUCUCACAGGCAAGUACUUGGUCUGUGCUGUUGGAACGACAUCGCAGCGAUCUACGGCGAUGGACAAGCAAGUCAAGCGGUUCCGUGGACGGGUCUAUUUCCCUUGCGCCUGGCCGAAACACGAAGUCAGUCCGGAAGGACAAGACGUCGCAGUCGUAGGGACUGGGAAUACUGCGGUCCAACUGGUCGAGGAGUGGGGACCACGGGCACGAUCAUUGACUGUUUACCAACGCACCUACAACACUGUCUUACCUGUACCUUCGCGACCCUCAGAUGGGUUAUGCCAUUCCAAUUCGAUCAAAGAACGCAAGAGACUGAUAGCUUCGCGGACGACCACGCCCUAUGGAAUGGCAGUCUGGGGGCCCCAAGACAAGGAAACAUUCGCGGUAUCCGACGAGAAACGCCAGAGUCACUUCCAGAAGAUCUUCCAACAGGGCCUGGCCUUCCUGGUAUGUGGGUACCGCGACCUAACGUUGAACCCCAAAGCCAAUCGCGCUGCAUACGACUUCUGGGCGAGCAAAACAAGACAGCAGAUCCGGGAUCCAUGGGAGCGGGACAUCCUCGCGCCCGCGGAACCGACCCAUUUUUUCGGCGUCAAGCGGCCCGGCCUAGGCAGGGGCUAUUACGAGCAGUUCAACAGAAAAAACGUGGAUAUCGUUGAUCUGAGAUCAAACGCGAUUGCAACGGUCGUGGCCGAUGGCAUUGUCACGGCGGAUGGCGCAUUCCACCACCAUGAUAUCGUCAUCCCUGCCAUAGGCUCCAAGAAUGUACGCGAGAACCUGGUAUCGUUAGGGAUCAGGGACUUGGAUGGCCAUCCGCUGGGGGAUCUCUGGGCUGAUGGCCUGCGGACCUUCCUUGGUGUCAUGCAUCAUGGACUCCCGAACAUGUUCAUGGUCUCGGGCCCCCAGUCCCCCGGUGAGCAGUCUAAUGUGCCCACGUGCAUCGAUAUCCAAGUGCGAUGGAUAGCGGAUAUGAUCGACACAAUUGAGAGAAAGGGGCUCAUGGCCAUCCAGCCAACAUCGCGGUCGAUGGAGACAUGGAACGAUAAGGUUUACGGUGUGUUCAAAAGGGACUUUUAUUCCACAACUACAUGUCGAUACACUAGCGAGGGACAACCGAUGUUCUACCAAGGGGGUAUCCCUCAAUAUGUCAAGGAACUGAACGAUGGAAUGGCGGAAUGGGCUAACUUUGAGGUGCUAUGA